AUGAUUUCAAAUGAUCACUCAAUUGUAAAUAAACACGAAAGAAAUACGUUACUUAAUUCUCCAAUAUCUUCAAGUACAACUACAACUACAACAGCAAAUUCAAACUCAAAUUCAAAUUCAAAUGGAAAUAUAGUAAAAGGUUCACCACCACAAUUACCACAAUCUUCAGAUGAUAUUGACUCUGGUGUUUCUAAUGGUGAUGUGGAUUGGUUAUUUCGUGGUAAAUCAAAGAAAUUAAUUAAAAAGAUGAAUAUGAAUAAUACUGCAAAAGAAUUAAAUCCAGAACUACAAAAACAAAAAGAAAAAGAGCAAUUAAAAGAGAAAGAGCAAUUAAAAGAGAAAGAGAAAGAGCAAUUAAAAGAGAAAGAGAAAGAGAAAGAAGUGCCUAAGGAGAAGGAAGGAAGUUUAAAAUUGGAUAAAUUAAAAAUUGGAAAUAGAUCAAGAUCAUCUUCAACUUCAUCAAUCUCCCAGAAUAAAGAACAACCUGCAAGCACAAAGACUAAAAGAUCAAGUAGUUUUAAUUUUAUGGCUCCUUCAUUAACUUCAGAUUUAGUAUAUAAUGAUCAUGAAUCAAUAUUAAAUUCUCAAAAAGAAACAACCACACAACAACAACAACAACAACAACAACAACAACAACAACAACAACAACAACAACAACAACAACAACAACAAUCGAGCUCAAAUAAUUCACCACCUGGUGUUUCAAGAUCAAAUAGUGGUAGAAAAAGUGGAAGUGGUUUAUUUAGUUCAUUAUCUUCAAAAUUUAAAAAUGAAAAAAACUCCGAUAAACCUGAUCCUAGUCUAACACAACCUAUUAGUCCUAAAUUGAAUCCAAAUUUAAUUGGUUCUGGAGCAAAUGCAAAUGCAAAUAAAAUUAAUGAAGAUUUAAUUUCAUUAACUAAUAAACCACCAGUUGGUCAAGGUAUACCAAAAAGAAAAUCUUCAUUAGCUUCAAAAUUAUCACAAUCUCCAACAUUUAAAGAAUCAUAUCAAGAAACAAAUUCAAAUGUGAAACCACCAACUGGAGGAUACAAUUUUUUCAGAAGAAAAUCUUCAGUAGCAUCAAAUACACAAUUACCACAACGCCAAGCACCACCUGAAAAAGUUGUACUUAAUAAAAAUCCAAAUAAAUCAAAAGCAAAACUCCCGAUCUCAGAAUUAGAUAAAAUUUCAUUAUCACGAGUAUCUUUUGCAAUUGAUAAAUUAGAAUAUGAUUCACAACAACAAAUACCAAGUAGAAGACCUAAAAAAGGAAAUGUAAUCAUCCCACAAGAUAUAAAUGCACCAUUACCAAGAUUAUGUCAAGGUAUAUCAUCAGCAGAAACAAAACCACCAUCACAAUAUAGUGAGCGAGAAAUUCAAUUAGCAUUUGAAGCUCAGAAAAGAGCAGUAAUGGAAGCUGAAAAACAUGCAAAUGAAGCACAUAUCCAAGCAAAAAAGAUUGCAAAUGAAGUUGCACAAUAUAAAUUAAAAAAUCACAAUGCAAUAGAAGAAGAGGAAAUAGAUGAUAAAUUUGUUAAUGAAAAGGUUAUUGAGAAACCACUACAUGUACAUGAACAACAUUUUGAAGAUGAAACAAGUACUGAAAAUGGAAGUGAAAAUAUAUCAUUAGAGACGAUAUAUACUAGAUGUUGUCAUUUACGAGAAAUUCUACCAAUUCCAGCAACUUUAAAACAAUUGAAAAAUAAGACAGCACCAUUGGAAGUUUUAAAAAUGUUGAAUCCUAAACCUACAUUAAUUGAUGUUUUAUCAUUUGCUGAUUUCAUAUCAAUUGUUUCAAUAAAUACAAUUAUAUUUGAUAAUGUUUCAAUGAAUACCGAAAUGUUGAAAAUUUUCCUAUCUUCGAUUAUAAAUUCAACAAGUAUUGAAAAGUUAUCAUUAAGAAAUGUUGCAAUAGAUAGUACUGGAUGGAAAUAUUUAUGUAAAUUUUUAGCUACAAAUAAGAAACUCAAAAAAUUGGAUAUAUCACAACAGAGAAUUAAGAAUGAGAAUGAAUCUGAAAUAUUGAGAUCAAAUAUGAAUUGGGAUUUAUUUAUACAAAGUAUCCAAUAUCGUGGAGGAAUUGAAGAAUUGGUGAUAAAUGGAUGUAAAUUAAGUGAUGUCGUCUUUGAAAAAUUAAUCAAUGUGAUAAAAUAUGAAACUAGAAGAUUUGGGAUUGCUUCAGUUGAAUUAAAUAUGAAAAAAGCUGAACUUGUAUCUCAAUGGUUGAUUGAUCCAAUUUCAAAAUGUGUUGGAGUAGAUAUUGCUUUUAAUGAUUUAUCACUGAAUCAACUCCAACCAUUCAUAAAUGCAUUUAAUACGGGAAAAGUUACAAAUUUACUAUACUUUUCACUUAAUUCGACACAUUUAGAAGAUAUAAGUGAAGUAACUGAAUUAAUUGCAAGUCUAGUUAAUGUACAAUCAUUAAGAUUCUUGGACUUAUCAUCACUUCCUAAAUUAUAUCCAAAUAUUAUCCCAUCAUUAUCUAAAUAUUUACCACGUUAUACUAAUCUAAAAAGAGUACAUUUUGAUCUUAAUGAUUUAUCACCACAUGCAAUGGGUUCAUUAGCUAUGAUACUCCCUACAAUUCCACAUUUAGUACAUGUUUCAUUAUUAGGAAAUAGAAAUUUAACUCGUGAAGCAGUUGCAACUAUAUAUUCAGCUGUAAAAGCUUCAAGUACACUAUUUGCUUUGGAUUUAGAUUAUGAUUUAAUUUCAGAAGAGUCACAAUUGUCACAAAGAAUUGCGUUUUAUCUUAUGAGAAAUAUGGACAAGAGUUUAAAACCAGAGUAUUCAGAAUCAUUCAACAGUCAAGAAGAUUUAAUCUUUGAUGGUUCAUUACUUAUGGAAACAGCAGAGAAAAUUCUUAAUAAAGAAUCAAAUCCAAAUGACAAGAAUCAAAAAAUUAUCAAUAAUACCAUGUUGGAAAGGACAAAGAAAAUUAGAAACGACAUUCAUAAAACUAUUGAUGAAUUAUUUCAAAAGCGUAAAAAUGGAGAAUUAUCAUUUGAAGGUAAAGAAAAUCUUGUUCGAUUUUGUCUUUUAGAUAAUUCAUUAGAGAAACUUGUUCAUUUGUUCGAAGAACAUAAUCAACAAUUACUACAUCAAUCAUCAAAUGAACUUAUAAAUUCAGGACCAAUUAUAAGUCCACGAAAUCAUAAUAAAAACAUGACUUCAUAUUUUCCAAAUACAAAUUUACAACCUCAUCAAAUUGUCAUAUCUGAAUCUGAAUCAGUUCCAAUUGAUAAAUUAACUGGUCGUCCAAUAUUAAUGAAAUCGUUAUCUCAGACAAGUUUAUAUGCUAAAGAACAAGAGAUUGAAGAAGGUGAGUUUCAUAAAUUUGGUUUUUACAUGCAGAGUGAAAAACUGAAGAGUGAAAAACCAUUGUUGAAUGUGAUACCUUCGGGUAUGGAAUUAAGAGAUGCAAUUAAAGCAGCAAAGGGGAUUGAAAAUGUUAAUGAUUUGAUUGAAAAGAUAGUUAAGAAAUCGGAAAGGAAUGAUUAUAAAGAAAGUGUUGAAAAUAUUGAUAAAGAAAAGGAAGUAGUUAAAGAAGUUGAAAUUGAUGAUUAUGAAUCUAUUAAUUCAACGGAACAUGAUCCUGUUGUUGAAGUUGAUGAAGUUUAUGAUAAAUUAUUAAAUGAUGCUGAGAAAGUAAGAUCAAAUAAAGAUGCAACUUGA